UUUGUUUUUUUCUUUUUGUCAAAACAAUAAAUUUGUUGAAAAAAUCCCAUCAAAAAUUGAAAAAAAGAAAAUUGUUUAAGUUAUUAAAGAAUAAAAAUGGUUUAUAUACAUUUUCCUUCUAAUCUAACCGAAGAGGAACAUAUGCUUCAAGCUAAAUAUCAAAAACUAAAGAAAAAAAAAAAAGCUCUACAAUUAAUGAAAGCACCCAAACAAGAACCGGAAAAGCCGACAUUAAAACGUCCCACAGAUGCUCGUGAUGCUAGGGAAGUGGCACGUAAACUUAUCAAAAGUGGCGCUAUACCAGCAAUACAGAAACAACAAACAAAACAAGACCAAACUUCAUUCAAACGCCCUAAAGGUCAGGAGAGAAAACGUCCAAUACCAGAAACUUCAGUGGCCGCUUAUCAGCCUUUCUCGUCCACACAAAAUGAUGUCGCCCAGGAAACAAUUAUAAGUGAAAUUAUUAAAGAAGAACCACGUAUGCAAAAUUUAUAUCAACAUUUUGCCACGGAGCGUGAUCGUGAGGAGCGCGGCUUAAAUGAUAAAAGUCCUUUGGAUCCUAGUCAGGGUGAUAAGCCACGGGCUGGUAACACAAUAUUUGUUUCGGGUAAUAAAGUAACCGAGGAGUACUUAAAGAAGACUUUCAAUGAUUACGGCACUAUUGUCAAUGUUUCGAUGGAAAUUGAGAAGGGACGUGGUUUUGUUACUUUUGCCAAACCCGAAUCUGCCGAUAGAGCUAUAGCGGAAAUGCAUGGCAAAAAUGUAAAUGGCAUUAGUCUUCAGGUACAAUUGGCACGACGUCAACCACAAAUUGAACCUAUAAAUGAUGCUUCAUCCUCAGCUGUAUGGUCUUCUAUAGCUGCUAGUAAAUCUCAAAAAGGCAGCCAUAAAGACAGACGUGAAAUGGUUCAAUACGAUGAAGACUUUUUACUAUAAUGGAAUUUUUCUUUAGUUGGUAGCGUUCAUUUCAUAUAAAAAUCUCAUACAAUCACCUUACAAAAUAACAUACUUCAUAUAUCAAGAUUAAUAUUAUUCAACAAAUUCAAGAUUAAUAAUGAAAUCCUUUUAAGAAAGAACAAGGUAA